CCGGGUGGACGGUUGAGGGGCAGGAAGGGCGUGGGAAAGAACGGCGGGAGACACGCUGGCUACAGCAAGCAGGAUUUCGGAGACAAUGGGGCAGCCCGACUCCCACCUCCCCGUCAGGGCAGGAGAGGAAGCGUAGCAAAUCGUGGAGCGGGGCAGCUUCUGUAUUUCUGGGCGAGGAAGCGUUUCCCACUCCCCUCGCCCGGCCUUGGACGAGGCUCUGCCCCCUGCGCGUCCCCCUCGCGCGCACACACACACACACACACACACACAUAUCCGCACGCAGACUCACGUUUGCAUAAUCCUCCCGCCCACCUACCAACCCACCGCCCUCCUCUCUCACCCCAGCCGGGUGUGUGUUUUGUGGCGAUGGGGGUUAGGCUUUCGUUCAGGCAGGCAGCCUUUGUGCAGCACGGCGUAAGGCGUCCGCAGAUGUACAGGACGCAGCUUUUAAACGCCUGGAUUUCAAGGCGGUAACAAAAGGCAAAAAAGAAAGAAAGAACGAGCGAAAGGAAGGAAGGAAGGAAAGAAAGACACGCCAGGCGACAGGACGACUCCCUGGGCCGCGGCCAGAGUCAGCAGGAGUACGACCUAUAGCAAUAGCAACAAACGGGGAGAUACAACAGUUUAAAGUCCAUACAUCUGAAACUGAACUUUCCAACCUAGUGCGUUGUACAUUAUGGUUCAUGUCAGUUUGUUUAGAAAAUGGGUGUUCGGCAUUCUCAUUUUCAUUUUGGUCCUGACUGUUUGUCUAUGGAAGGAAACACGGAAAGGAAUUUACAUGUCCAUAAAAAUAGAAAGCCAAACUGAUCAUCUGCAGCUGUGGAAAUGGAUUAAAACGAAAUCAGGAAUGGGCCAGAAUAAAGCUGUCAACGGCAUAGGCAACGUUACUUUGUCUAAUGAAAAAUCCCAGGUUAAAUUUAAUAAUAUUGAACCUAAGCCCAAGGAAAUCAAAGUCUGGAACAAGUAUAGUUCUUCCCAAAUUCUUAGCCAUAAACUGCAAAUGGAAAGAAAGCAUUACUUAAACCUGAACAAAUAUCAUGUGAAAUACACUGGACCAAAGAAUACUGCUAUACUCAGCCCGGAACAAAUGUUGUGCCAACUUCAGAAAAAAGUAGACUUUAGGAUGAUAACUGCAUCUGAUGCCCCUUUUAAUACACCUGAAUGGGAGACAUACCUGCCUAAGACAAAUAUCAGCGUGGAACUGGGCAAGCUGGGCCGAUGUGCAGUUGUAUCCUCUGCAGGAUCUAUUAAGGACUCACAUUUGGGAGCAGAAAUAGACAACCAUGAUGCAGUCCUGAGGUUUAAUGGGGCCCCUACCAAAGGGUUUCAGGUAGAUGUCGGUGACAAAACUACAAUACGUCUUGUUAAUUCUCAGCUUAUUACUGUUGAAGAAAAGAAGUUUGUUUCAGAUGUACAAUUCAACUUUGGAAUCAUCAUUCUCUGGGAUCCAGCACCAUAUCAUGCCAGUAUUUAUGAGUGGUUUCAGAAACCAGACUACCAUUUCUUUGAAAGCUACAAGCAUUAUCGGAAGAGACAUCCCAAGCAACCUUUUUAUAUCCUGAAUCCCAAAAUGCAAUGGCAACUGUGGGAUAUCCUUCAGGAAAAUUCACCCGAGGAUAUUCAGCCAAAUCCACCCUCUUCUGGAAUGCUUGGCAUUGUUCUUAUGAUGCACUUCUGUGAUGAAGUGAAUGUUUAUGAGUUUCUCCCCUCUAAGAGGCAAACAGACAUUUGCCACUAUUACCAGAAUACCUUAGAUGAAGCAUGUACAUUGGGUGCCUACCACCCACAGCUCUUUGAAAAAAAUAUGGUGAAGCACCUUAAUCAAGGCACAGAUGAAGAUGUUUACAAUUAUGGAAAAGUGACUUUACCAGGCUUAAGGAGAGCACAAUGUUAGGAGUGUGAAUCCCAUAUUCUGGGUUUGGAAGCCUGUCUUGAGUCACAAGGCACUUUAAUGUUUAAAAGUAAGAGUUGUAAGGGCCCUGUCAAGAAACCAAGGUGCAUUUCUUCCAUUCAAUUUGCCUUAAUUCAGGAUUGCAACAUGUGCCAUAUACAGCAUUCUGUAGAAUGCAUUUCUAAUGAUUGCCAAGAAUGUAAUUACCCAUCAGUUAUUACAGAAAUACAAUUAAAAAUCUAUUCUCAAAAAUUAGACACAAUUGGUUUGUGUCUAAUUUUUGUGACGGAAUUAAAAAAUAUAUAUAGUUGCUGCUUCAAAGCUUUUAGAUGAGACUUCCAUAUUUUAGGAACAAGCCAGUGGUGGAGGGACCAGGAUUUCUGUGCCUUGUUGUCACUUGUUGUCUGUUCUGCACUAUUCAGAAGUCAAUAUUAGAAUAUGAUCCAAGAGGGCAAUGAUGUGUUAGAAAUAUAUGAAUUUAGGGAGCCAUUUGUAUGGCCAGGCAUGGUGAUAGACAAAUAAAGACUGGAAAUUCACAAAGUC